AUGGCAUCUGUCAAGUCAAUAUCCGAAAAGGACAACGAUGAGGAGCGCGACAUGCCUGAUGAUCUGGUUGAGGAGGACCAUUACGAGAUCAACUCGGAGUACGAUGCCGUCCAGCGAGAAUAUCUUGCCCAUCAUCAACAACUGGAAGAAUUCCUGUCGCCCAUGUCCCUGGAUGAAGGCGUGCUAUAUAAAUUGGCACGACGCUUUUCCACCACAUAUCGACAUCUGGCGUUGACAUCGGACCAGCAAUUCCUCCCGACACCUGUGACUCAGCUUCCUACUGGCCAGGAAACUGGUCGCUAUCUAGCGAUCGAUGUAGGAGGCAGCAAUCUCCGGGUUGCAUUUAUCCAGUUGCUUGGAGAAGCUGUCGACUCGGAUGUUCGUCCCACUGAUGCCACUGAGAGAUCACGGGACACCAUCCGAAAAGCCCAGCGUCAGCGCGUGAAGCGGACAUUGGAGCGAGCCUGGCCUAUUCAAGAGCAUUUGAAGAUGGACAAGGCCGAGGACCUGUUCUCUUGGAUUGGUGAUUGUAUUGCUGAAGUGGUAGCUGAGAGUCUAUCAUCCGAUGCGACGAAAAAGGAUAUUCCUGCUGAACUUGAUAUGGGCAUCACAUUCAGUUUCCCCAUCAUGCAAGAAUCAUUGGCAGAAGCUACAUUGAUGCCCAUGGGCAAAGGCUUCGCCAUCUCAUCUAACCUGAAUUUGGGCAACAUUCUUCUCGACGGCUAUGAGAAACAUACAAAACGACCAGAUGAUGACGAUGAGCCCUCAUCCAAACGCCGCAAGCUCUUCGCACUUCCCAAACUGAAGAUCCAGGCAAUUACCAACGACACCGUGGCUACGCUAGCCUCCCUCGCAUACAAGGUCAAGUCACUACCAAACAGCCGAGUCGCCAUGGGAAUCAUCGUGGGAACCGGCUGUAAUGCAACCAUUCCAAUGAAGCUAGACGCACUACACGAAUCCAAAGCCAAGAGUGUCAACACAAUGGAGCCAAGCGCAAUAGAAACAAUCGUCAACACCGAAUGGACCAUCUCAGGCGCCGCACCACCCCUCUCAGAGCUGAAUGUGACAACAAAAUGGGAUGUCGAACUGGACCGGGCCUGUGCGCGUCCAGGAUUCCAGCCCUUCGAAUACAUGACCGGCGGCCGCUAUAUCGGCGAACUCAUCCGCCUAAUCCUCUUCGACUACCUCACAACUAUCGCCAACCUAUCUAAACGCUCCCUCCCCGCAAAUCUUAUCCAAGAAUACGCCCUGACAACAACCUACAUCUCCGACACGGUAGCCAAAGCCCGCUCCGACCCCGACCUCGCCAAAGCUCUGAACCAAUCCCUCCCCCCACCAGAAAGCAGCGACUGGCGCUGGGAUACCCGGACCGCAGGCGCUUUCCGCAAGAUCGCUCGCACAGUGCAGAGACGCUCGGCGGGCCUAAUCGCCUCUGCGGUCGUCGGUUUACUAGCCUGCGCGCGCGAGAUCGAGUUGAAAGAGGACAGCAACAGCAACACACCCGAGGGUGCCGCAUCGCCACAGAGCAACGGUGAAGUUGCUACGCAGGAUAUUAUUCCUGCUGCGCCGGACACUGCGGUCGCGGCUAACCAUGCUAUCCACAGACACGUCGUUCCAGUUUUGGAGACGCCGGCAGAUUGGCAGUCCGGGCCUGAAGAGCUGGUUGUUGCGUAUACUGGUGGUAUCAUCCAGCACUAUCCGCAAUUCAAGGAAAUGUGUCAGCAAUAUAUUGAUCGGCUGAUUAUGCGGACUGGUCCGCAGAGGGGGGGCAAGUCCGUUUUCUUGCGGGAAGCUUCGGAUGGCGGUGUGAUCGGGGCUGGUGUUUUGGCUGGCAUGGUUGUUCGCAAGUGA